CACUCUCUCUACGGCGGUAACCAAUCUCGAGCGGAUGCCAUUUGGGUCAGAACGGCACUGCUGUGUGUCCAUAUCUGAGAUCACCUUCAAGGCAUCAGCGGCGUCAUUCGACGUCCUCACUUUCGGAACCGCUUUUGCUGUCUAUAUUGGGGCUUCUUUUGAAGCGAAAUUAAAGAGGAUCAUCGAGCUCUUUGUGUUUGUUGUUGUUGAAAGCUAGCUAGCUAGCGAAUAGUGGAACAUCACGCAUGUCGGCGAAAAGAACUAGCAACCUCAUCAAUGCCGAUGAAUCUUCGGCUUUUUACGCCAACAACGAUGCCGCCUCUUACAACACGAGGUAUCUCAGGAGCAUCCGAAACAAGGAGCGUUUUCAGGAGCUUCACUUUUAUCGGUGUACGGUCGAAUUGAUCGAUGAACUUUUCCCCAAACGAGCGGGUAAGGGCACUCUGGAUCCUACCGAAACCUACCGCGCAUCCGCUUCUACGAUAGCAGAAUGGCGCGAUUUGGAGCAGGAGGAGCAAAUGGCGUGGAUCGAGAAGGAGCGAGAACUCAAAGCGCAAGCGGGAAGCGACUCCCAUGACUCUGUAGCAGCGCUACCGGAAUCAGCCCCCCCUGAGAGUGCCGAGCUCAAACGUUCCAUGGAAGAGCAGCCAAUGGUGCCGGUUCCCGUGGCCAAAAUUGCCAGACAGGAAGAACCUAUAGUCGUCAACGCGGUCAACCUAGAGGUACCGUACAGCUGGGAUCCCUACGCCUACGAAGUCAACACCGAGUUUUUAUUGGAUCGAACGUGCCGUGGUAUCACUUUGGACUUUUUGAAACAAGCCUUCCUCAACGAAGAUGCCAAACUCAGAGGGUUUUCCAUUGUUGUAGGAGAUGCCAUGAAUUACAAGGCCCAAACGUAUGCCAACAAUCAAAGUUGGCCCUUUGCUUCCGACCCCCGUGUUGUGGGGGCCAUUGUGGAACAAAUGACUACCGACAACACAAAGACUAUCAUUGUCUUGAAAUGGAUUUGCGUGAUCAUGGCCGCAUCGGGGGUGACCACGAAUGGUAACAAAAUGGAUUCCAUCCACUUUCACCAUCCAUUGUGUGAUCGGGCUUCCACGCAGAUUAUCUGUGAAAAAUGCAAGCUGCAUGGGAUUCAUUUUAUCCAUUUAUGCUCUGCUGCUGUGGAGAAACAACAAGCAGCAAUGCCCGGUGGUGGUAUCUAGCUUGCUUACUCGCUUUAGUAGUGGAGAGAAGCAGAUAGGCAUUUGCGUGGCAUAGCUUACAGCGUGGCACCUUGCAAAAAGUCAGUCUCCUUCGUUGAAUUUGUACAUGUAAUUGAACGGUGGCCGAGUUAUCGAUCGAUGGGCACUGGACUACUGCUCGGUCUCCUGCUGUUCCUAUCAAAUAUGUAACAAGAGUCUUCUUUCUAGCUAGAAGUACAUGCGAGGUUGCAUCGUACUGUCUGUAUACCUGUUUUUGAUGACUUGACCGACGUC